AUGAUCAACCUAUUCAUAUUAGCCUUUCUAUUGAUAGCUGCAAAUUCCAAGGAUGUGCGAAUAUCAUUGAACGCUCCGUGGCCGUCCUCAACAAUACUUUCUGAAGCUGUAGAACAUUUCCGUCAAUUGGAACCGGUGCUCGGUCAGCGUUUCGUUGAGCGACUGGUUGAAUUUGAUGGAGAUUUUGCAACUCCGGAGAAAGAAUACGAGGCAGCUAUUGCUAUUUCGAGAGACUUAGCGGGCGAUGGCGCCACUGAAUUAUUGAAGUUGGCGCUGUCUAUCAGAAGUCAUGCACCUCGGGUCGUUGCUUUCCACCAGAUCGCAGUGGAGCAUGGUAUCGAUUGCGCAGCAUUCUUCGAAAUCAACGGGCAAUUUUCGUGUGCGAAGGACCAGAUGGCAUCAUAUUUCGCGAAAGCUGACAAACAGGCCACUCCGCUGAUCACUGUGAUGGAUACUUGGUUCGUAUCUGGUGAACCCGAUGUUAUGGUUAUCGUCUACGGUCGAGUUGGAACACCGGAAUGGAAGGCACUGCAUUUGGCCGCCCUCGAGCUUGCAAACAAACAUUCCAUUUCCUACACCUUCCGCCAUUUCAUCAAAGAUGAACAACCAGCAAUCGGACUAUCGGGCUACGGAGUGGAGCUUGCUAUCAAGAAUACGGAAUAUAAAGCUCAGGAUGACUCAAACACCAAAAAGGAAGUAUUGGAAGAUUCCGAGAACCUUCAUGGCAUCAACAUCAAGCUUUUGAAGGAACAGAACCCAAUCGUCGUUAACGAGCUAAAUAACUUCCAGCAAUACCUACGGGAGACCGAAGGCUUGAUCCCCUUGAAACAAUGGCAAGUGCAAGACCUUGGCUUCCAGGCUGCGCAAAAGAUCGUAUCCACAGAUGCCGAUAACGUUCUUGCCACGUUGGUCGACCUCAGCCAGAAUUUCCCAUUGCAUGCUCAUUCGUUGACGCGUGAAACCGUGACUAACGAAUUGCGUGGCGAGAUAGCCGAUAACCAGGAGGCACUUGGAAAGAUCGAGCUGGCCGCUGGCGACAAUGCUUUGUACAUCAAUGGUAUCAAGUUUGAAGCCGAAGAGCUGGAUUUGUUCCAGUUGCUCGACACAUUGAAACAAGAGGAAAAGCUGAGCACUGGCUUCUUCAACAUGGGUCUCCGUCGCGAAUAUCUAUCCAUCCUCGUUUCGCUUGAUGUCUCUGCUGAAGAGACCAACUAUGGCGUUGAUUACCGCGAUGCCGUACCAUUCUAUCUGAACAACUUGGAUACCGACAAGCGCUAUAGGCAAUGGGGCAAUUCGGUGAAGCUGAUGCUACAGCCUUACUAUCCUGGCAUGAUUCGCCCGAUCGCUCGCAACUUCUUUACCUUGAUUAUCGUUGCUGAUCCCCAAGAAAAUGAAAGUCGCAAUUUGCUGAAGAUCUCUGAAGCCUUCUUGCGACAUGAGAUCCCGCUUCGUAUUGGCAUCGUGUUCUCCGUCUCGCCGGAUAAGGAGAAUUCUGGGCUGACGGAUGCUGGCGUCGCCGUCUUGAAUUUCUUCAACUUCGUGAUGGUGGACAGUUCGACAGAAGUGGCCCUUCAAGCUGUCAACAAGAUGUACGCGUCGAUCGCGAAGAGCGAAAAUCUCACUGUAGAACAUGUACACCAGCAUUUCAAGAAAACCUUCAAGGAUGCUGAUAUCGAUGAAGUUUUCGGUCCUAAUUCCGACUACGAUAAGGGCCGUACACAAGGAGCUGCCUUUUUGAAAAGGGCAGCCAUUGGACAAGCGCCGAAGGUCCUCGUUAAUGGAUAUCCAUUGUCUGACGAUGGAAUUACCGGAGAUAAGUUCGAAGAAACGUUGAUGAUGGAGAUUAUGAAGCGUACCCCGAAAAUCCAGAAGUCAAUUAUGGAUGGAGCGCUCAAGGACAAGACUAACGUUCAAAACUGGCUGCUCGAGCAACCUGAUAUCAUGCCACGGUUGAACAAGCGUAUUCUCAAGCCCGCUGUCAAGGAUUCGAUUAUCGAUUUCACUGAUAAUGCUCCAUGCAAGGCACGCAAGCUCAACGAAUUUUUGGAAUUGACGAGUGCUGCAAAGAGUAUCUGCGUCUUGGAUAAACUCAGCUACUUGGCAAAGAGCGAAGAGGACACCGUUCGUCCAGUCACGAUAUGGGUUGUUGGUGAUUUCGAGACGGAACGUGGACGUGAUCUUGCCUAUUCUCACAUCAAGCACAUCAAGCAUAGCUCUAAUGUCCGCAUCGCUUUCCUGCCCAAUCCAGAGGAUUUGGAUCAAGCCUGCCGAGCCGACUCUGUCUCUUCAAAGAUUUUCGCGGCCCUGCGAUUGUUGCCACAUAAUCAAGCAAAACAGAUGAUUACCAAGUUCGUGAAGGAGGAAAACCAGGGGACGACAAUCGCUGAUCUCGCGGUCGGCGGUAUGGAUGUUGAGAAGUUCGAGAAGGAUCGGGCGUUGCUUCCGCUUUGCGAUCACAUCAAAAUGUAUCAAAAUUUUGUCAACGAGGUGGCUGGCAUAUCCGCCGGAAAUGCAGCAAUCAUUGCAAAUGGCGUGAUUAUCGGUCCACUGGAAAACGAUGAGGCCUUGUCGGAAGAUGAUGUGGUUCUGCUUGAAAAGUUGCUUGUCGCGAAGGGGGCGAAGACCGUUGCUUCCCACAUCAGCAAUUGGGAAUUGGACAAGACGAAGGGAAAAGCGUCCAAUUUGGUUCUACGCAUGUACUCUCUGAUUGGUCGCUCGUCAUCAACCCAGAAGAGAACCUGGGUCGUUCUUUCUGAUGACAAACAUAGCACCGUAUCUUUGCACGCCGACGAUCCGCUGAGGGCUACUAUUGAUGUGGUUGCUGUCAUUGAUCCACUCAGCAGAGAAGCGCAAAAGCUCUCGCCAAUUCUUCAACUACUCCGCAAGAGCAUCAACUGCGAUUUGAAGCUUAUCAUGAAUCCAAAGUCCAAGUUGAGCGAGCUGCCACUCAAGAGGUUCUACCGCUAUGUGGCCGAUUUUGAGCUACAAUUUGAUGCUGCCGGAAAUAUCGUGAACCGCAUGGCCCUAUUCACCGAUCUGCCUACCAAGCAGCUCUUCGCUUUGAGCGUUCACCCGCCCGAGGCCUGGAUGAUUGAAGCAACAGAAGCCGAAUACGAUUUGGAUAAUAUUCAGUUGGAUCAGGUGAACAAAAACGUUGAGGCAGUCUUUGAGCUCCAAAAUAUCCUUCUCGAGGGUCAUUGCUUUGAUGAGGUAACCGGUGGCCCUCCCCGUGGUCUACAGUUUGACAUCGGAACCUUGUCUAAACCUACUAUGUACGAUACCAUCGUCAUGGCAAACCUCGGCUAUUUCCAACUUAAGGCCAACCCUGGUGUCUGGAUGUUGCAGCUCCGAGAAGGUCGUUCCCGAGAUCUAUAUGAGAUUCGUUCUAAUGUCAAUGCUGAUGGAGAGGCGGACGGUCGUGUGCGUGUCAUCAUAAAGUCCUUCAAUGGUAAAAUUAUUCGGCUUCGUGUUGCGAAGAGAGAAGGCAAGGAGGACGAAAAGUUACUAGAAAGUGGCGACGAGAACUCUGGCAUUUGGGGAUCGCUAAACAGCAUUGUCGGCGAGAAGCACGAGACUAUCAACGUUUUCUCUUUGGCUUCUGGUCAUUUAUACGAGCGCUUCAUGCGCAUCAUGAUUCUGUCGGUGAUGAAGAACACGAAAAGCCCUGUCAAGUUCUGGCUGUUGAAGAACUACUUGAGCCCGCAAUUCAAGAAAAGCCUUCCCCUACUAGCUGAACGCUACGGCUUCCAAUAUCAACUCGUCGAGUAUAAAUGGCCUCGGUGGCUGCAUCAACAGAAGGAAAAGCAUAGGAUUAUGUGGGGCUAUAAGAUUCUGUUCCUCGAUGUGCUCUUCCCAUUAGAUACACAGAAGAUUAUCUUCGUUGAUGCCGAUCAAGUUGUCCGUUCGGAUCUGCUAGAACUAAUGAAUUUCGACCUCGACGGGGCUCCAUACGGCUAUGUUCCAUUCUGCGACUCCCGCACGUCGAUGGAAGGCUUCCGAUUCUGGAACCAGGGCUACUGGAAAAACCAUUUGGCCGGCCGCCGCUACCAUAUCAGUGCUCUCUACGUUGUCGACUUGAAGAAAUUCCGCAUGCAUGCUGCUGGUGACCGACUACGUGGACAAUACCAGAGUCUUUCCGCCGAUCCGAACAGUCUCUCGAAUCUGGAUCAAGAUUUGCCGAAUAACAUGAUUCACCAGGUGCGCAUCAAGUCCCUGCCGCAAGAGUGGCUAUGGUGCGAGACAUGGUGUGAUGACGGGUCGAAGAGCUCUGCGAAAACGAUUGAUCUAUGCAACAAUCCACAGACCAAGGAACCCAAGCUAGAAUCGGCUCAACGUAUCAUUCCAGAAUGGGUCUCCUAUGAUCAAGAAAUCAAACGGGUUUUGAAUCUGCACGUUGAUGAUUCGAGCUCAGCCGGCACACGGGAUGAACACAACGAACUC